UAUUAAAUUUGAUGUUGCUGCACUCAACAGUGUUCAUCAUUACAGCUUAGGCUUUGAACUUGAACGUCACAUAAAAAAUUUGUUCUUUUUUUUUAUCGAGCUGGCUUUCCUCCGCACUUUUUGCAACGAAGUGAAAAUGACUUUACCUCGUGUGUAUUUUGACAUCAACGCCGGUGGCGAGAAGCUGGGGCGCAUCGUCAUGGAGCUGCGUUCCGAUGUGGUGCCAAAGACAGCGGAGAAUUUCCGUGCGCUGUGCACCGGAGAGAAGGGGUAUGGCUACAAGGGGUCGCCAUUCCAUCGGGUUAUACCAAAUUUCAUGUGUCAAGGCGGUGAUUUCACCAAUCAAAAUGGCACAGGUGGAAAAUCGAUCUAUGGCAAUAAGUUUCCCGAUGAAAACUUCCAGCUAAAACACACCGGACCGGGCACAUUAUCUAUGGCGAAUGCUGGACCAAAUACGAAUGGAUCGCAGUUUUUUAUAUGCACUGAGAAGACCGAAUGGUUGGACAAUAAACAUGUCGUAUUUGGCAAGGUAGUUGAGGGCAUGGAUAUCAUACGCAAGGUCGAAACGUUGGGCUCCAAUUCGGGCAAGACAUCAAAAAAGAUUGUUAUUGAGGACUGUGGUGACAUGUGAAGGAAAUCAGCAUGAAAUAAAAGAUCAAAUAAGCAUUGAAAUUCA